AUGGCUGCGGCGGUGCAGGAACCAGGAGACGAUGUCCAAAAAAUUCUUCUAACACAGGGUGACGUUAGCGAAAAUCCAACGCCAAUCCCGGACCAUGUAAACAAAGAAAUGUCACCGUCUGUAAUGCCGAAUGCUGUAGGUCAGUCAACCGGUUUACUAGAAGAGAAACUCAAGGAGAGUCUUCGGGUUGACGACAAUGAAUCGACGGAAUACAUUUCUCCGAUUGAAGAUCCGUACACAAGAGCCGUGAAAUAUCUCGAACGAUAUAACGUAAUGCACAUUUUUCAGCAACUGACUGCCAGUUUGGUAUUCCACAGGCCUGAGGACCCACUGCAAUUCCUGCUUGAUGAAAUCCUCAAAAUACAGAAAGAAAAGGAAGCAACCCUAGCAGAAUAAUCAAAAACAGAAGAAGAAGAGUUUGCAUCAACAGAAAUGUCCAAAUCAUGAGGCUGAAUAAAAUAUAAACUAUGCAUGUUUGUGUGGACAUUUACACUGUAGUCUAUUCAUUUGAUUAUUAACACAUGAAAUUGUAAUCAGAAAGCACAACAAAAUUGCAGUGUUUUUGCAUUUUUUUUUUAUCAAGAGCACCAAGUGAUGGUAUGGAUGGUACAUUUGUAUAAUUACAAUGGAGUGUUGAAUAUAUCCUUGAUAUUUCUGCCUCUUCAUGUAUGGUUUUUGAAAUGAUGAUUUGUGUAUAGCAAGCUAUUGUCUGAAAUAUUAAUUUUGUCCACACUUCCUGAAAUAUGUAAUUUAAUAUGGCAACAGCAAGCAUGGGUAUUCAUGGCUAUAUUUCAAACAUCUUUUCUUAUGCUGUAUGUGUAGUAUAUAUCUGCCCAUUUGUUUUACAUUUUCUAUUAAGCUGCUUAUUUUCACUGUGGAAUGAACUGAAACUGGCUUUAAGCCAUAAAUUCAAAUGUCCUACGACCACAAUCCUCUGCCAUAUCUGAUACAUGUACUAAAUUUUAAAUUGGAAAUGUACUUCAAUAUUGCAUUAUUAUACCAUUCAUACCCUUUAUGUGUUGAAUCUGUCUAAAUUAAACCUUAAAGGAAUGAUUGCAUAAUUUACACAAAGGGCUUUACAUAAAUAGGCAAGUUUGUAGGGAAGGUAUUGGGGAAAAAGUGUUUACACAGGUUUUACUUGUAGUAUCCAAUUUGAUUUUGUGGUGCUAUUUUAGUUUUUUUUUAUUUGGGGGAGGGGUGACAUGUCUACAAUACUUGCUAUAAUAAAUCUGUUUUGUCUGCUAUUAUCAUCCAGAGAUAUUUGUGAUGGUCUUAUCUCAUCAGAAUGGCAACACAUACAAACCCCACACAAAUAUAUUUUGUAGUAAAGCCGUUUAAUUUUUUUAUAGUAGCGCCGCGGUAUAGACAAUAGCAAUAUAUUAACCUUGUGUGUUUUGACAUGUAUGUGUAUCAGCAUUGUUUGGAAAUUAAUAAUAUAUUUAUGUUGCCAGUGUAAUGUGAGUGUUUUGUUCACAAAGGUGCGUAAAGUAAUAAAAAUGUUAUGCCCUACUGGCAUUUGCAACUAGACAUGACACUUCAGUGUUUUGAAUUGUUCUCCGCAAGACUACUUUGUAUUUCAUGGAGGUAUCCAUGCAGAACAUUUUUACCUAAUGCAUUGAACAAUGACACCAAACUCCAGGUAUUACUGCCUCUGAUUUUUUUUUCAAAUACUUUUAUCAAUGUUUUAAAAAAAAACCAAGAGUCUAUUAUUUGCUACAAUGAGUGUGAAGAAACAUGUUGUAGCUCAACUCGUAAAUCUAAUCCACAUGUUUUUCAGGAAAAGGAUUUUGUAUUACUGCUACUAGACUUUUAUUAUAAUUAUAAAUUAAUAGUCCUAAUAGAAAGUGUUUUCAUCAAAAUAUUGUCAGUAAUUGUAAUACAAGAGGCCUUUACUGAUGGCUAUGUCAAUUUUAUUGAAGCUAAAGUGUGAAGUUUUCAGCCAUUGCUGUGUAAUGAUGAGUGAAAUAAAUUAUAUUGACAACA